GUACAAGCUUCCAUAACAGAUGGAUCAGUGAAUGGUUGGUUGACGUCACAUCUCACCGCUCGUCUGAGUCCCCCAUACCAACUGAAUGCUCCAUACACUGCUCUGUAUCGUCGACGAACAAUCUGCCAUGCAUCAUCCAAGUCUCGCUCGCCCGAAAUGUCUCACUUAUCUGGUAAGCGUGAGCAGCUCUCUCAGCCCUUGGAAUACUAGUAGUUUGCCCGGCAAUAAACUAGUGACAUUCUCAUUUCACUACCGGGAUGGAUGGGUCGAUUGAUUUGAUUUCACAAAAGAAGAGGACAUGGCAUGCACAUAAGCACACAAUGUCACACAACAAGACAGCGCUAGGAUGCAGAGACAAAAAGCCUUUUGCCGCAAGAUCGAAACGCGAUCUUUGCUCUCUCGCUACAGUAUAUACGGAUCCUUGUUCGCCUUUUCGCUCCUCGCGCCCUCCUUGGGCCAAUGGCGUCCCAACCCACUCCGGUGCAGUGUGCAUGCUGCGAUGCAUGCGUUAAAAAGGUGAUUCGUAGCCCCGUCGUGCAGUAGUGUGCGGCAGCCCCCCCGAUGGAAUAAGCAGUGCGUGCAGCUAGAUAUGCAGGUCUGAGUUCGCACCAGAGAAAACCAAGCAGCCAUUUGCCCUUGGCAAUGAUUUCGUUGGCUGGAUGCUCUGUGGGAUAGUGUUAGUGUAAGCACUUCGUAUGUGAUCCCGGCAAAAUCACAAGCUCAAAAAAAAAAAAGAAAAAAAAAAAAGG